AGUGCAAAGAUAAAUCAGAUUCUCUCCCUAAAUUUAAUGUCAGAAUCCAUGGCCAUACCCAACAGCUCCCUUCUCUUCUCUUCCAACAAACACACUCCUCUCACCUUUACAAACCCAAGCAAGUAUCUUCAAUUUUGUCAAUCUUCUCUUGUGUUCACUUCUCAUUCUCUAAAACAUAAGAAAGACUCGUCAAUACUAGCUUCAGCCUCAAGUUCAUUUCCAGUCAUAAAUGUGGACUACUUAGAGAGUGAAUUUAGUGGCCAUGGAGUGAGUUUUGCAGAAAUUGGUGAAAGUUGUGUGGUCAGAAUGCGAAUGGAAAAUGGAAGUUUAACGACGCUAAUGCUACCGAGCGGCUUGAUAACAUCAUAUAAAGCUCGUAUGUGGCACGGUGGCACAGUUGAGUUACUACAUACAAAUGUUGCUGAUGGAGGCGAUGGUAAUGCUGUUAUUCAAGGAGGUGUGUCAUUGGGUUUGAUGUUAGGAAUUGAAGAUGGGAUGAAUAAAUGGUCUCCGAAAACAUGGGUGCUUCACGACGUAAAAGGGAGUCCUCAGGAAUUCAUUCAGGUAGAACUAAUGAGUAGUGAUUCGGAAAAGACAGUUGAAAUCAAAUACACGGUGACUCUCCACCCGGAUAACCUAACAUCAGAAAUUGCAGUCACUAACUCAACUUCUUCAUCUAUCCAAUUGAUAGGUUCAUUUCUGAGCCACUUAACUGUGAGUAGUCCUGAUGCAACUUAUGCUAUUGGUCUAGAAGGUUCAAAUUACUUGAACAAACCACCGGUAGAGACACAUUUCAGCAUUAUUCCUCCAGAUUUUAAAGAUAAACAAACAGGACAAGGGCAAUCAUGGGUCAAAACAGUAUUUCCUGGACUUCUGCCUAACUGGGGCAGCAACGGUAAUGCGGAUGCAAAAUGUGUAGUCAAGGAAGAUGAAGAAAUUGAGUUGGUAGAGGAUGAUAACUAUGCACAGCUGACUGACAAAAUGAGCAGGAUCUAUACCUAUGCACCUACAAGGUUUUCAUUCAAUGACAGGGGUAGAAGAAACUCGGUUGGAAUCGGAAGAGAUGGGUUCGAAGAACUGUACAUUUUUAGUCCUGGCUCGACCAAAGAUUUUUAUGGGAAAUAUUCUUUUGUGUGUACAGGUCCAUCAGCAAUGUUAAAACCAAUAAACAUAAGUCCGGAAGAUAUCUGGAGAGGUGGACAGUUUAUAUACAAUCCAAAUAUGUAAACCAUGCCGAGAAAGCUCAUAUCUGUUUUCCUGACUUACAGUAAUCAAGGAAGUACCAAUGCAGAUGUUAAGCAUUGUUUUGCUUCACUUUCAAA